AUGUCACCUACAAACAAUGCCGUCCGAGCGAACUCUGCGUGGGCCAACGACGAGUUGUUGCAACUGGUUCAAGCGUGGGAGGAGGUGGUGGACGAUCCAAAGAACCGUUUACUGCUUUCUACCGGGGAACGCUCUACGUUACAUGCGCGGUUCUGUGCCAUUACCGGCUUGAAUAAACGCAGUCUAUCGUCGGUCACCCGUCAACACCAUCGGCUAUGUAUGUCGUACCGCCUGAUCGUGGAAACCAAUAAACGGAGUCUCAAAAAGGGGUCACCCGGGUGGUUUGAUCUAUCAGCCGCUGAACAGCACGAACUACGUCGGGUUCAUAAUAAGAAGGAAAAGGGCAUGACAGUUGUUAACCUCGACCUCUUUCGAAGACUCGACCGCAUCUGUGGUGGCAAAGCUAUCGAAACCAAGAAAUCCAAGUCCAAUAAGACUGGUCGGAAGGAAUCCGAAGUACCGAAACGUAGUCAUAAGAAGAAAAUUGUCGACUUUGAAGAGGAAUCACUCAGGAACACGUGGACAGCACGGGACUGGUCAUUGUUUGUGGAAGCGUGGCAACAAGCGGUGGAUGAGUUCCUCGACUAUGGUAAUGAACCGGAUGAGAAGGUCAAACUGCCUAAUUGGUUGAUCCGACAAAAGUUUGUCGCACUCGGGGGACAGCGAGACACGUCGGUAGGCUCAAUCACAGCAAAGAGACGGUGUAUUAUUCAUUCGUAUCACUUUAUCCAACAAUGUGUUGCCGGGUUGGAAGCACUCGACGGAUCGGACUGGUUCGAACUCACGUUCAACGAACGCUUCCGACUGCAAAGGAAGCUCGUAAGUCCCAAGUCGAGUCAGAGGGUGGGAUGCGAGAUCGACCGCGACACGUUUCUUAAAGUAGGCACCAUCAUCCGCAAGGAGAAGAAGCUCGGAAUGGUGAUGGUCACCGGUCAUAAACGGAAACGGAGUCACAAGAAGAUGCGCAAGCCGUCAGUGUCGUCCGACGCAUCUUCAGAUGUUUCGAUAUCCCGGUCGCCCAGUCCUUCCCCAUCACAUGACGAUGAUGAAGUGUCGGAACUAGAUUCGGAGACGCGGUAUCCGCGUCAUCCUGCAGUCUACGAGGAUGAGGAAGUGCAAGUUGAUGAAGACGUUGUCGAAGCGCUGCUGGAGGCACAAAAUGCUCACUUCGAGCAGCUGAUGCAUGACCUACGGGAAGAACGGAUGGAGGAACGCAAACAAAAUCAAGCUAUGCUGUUGGAAAUCUUGCACCAGCGAACCCCAGCAGAAGACCGCAACCAGAACAUGUCUGACAUGGAGUCGCUGGUUGGGAAACAGCAGCAGCAGCUCAUGGAUUUAUUUGCACAGAUGCACACGGAGCGACGACAGGAGAGAGAAGAUUUUCACGUAUUGGUGCGUCAGCUCUGUUCCCAGCCACGAUCAUAG